AUGGCCAGAUGGGCCAACCGAGGCCCAGAGGAGCCGCGACUUGUCCACAUGCACAUAGAGGACCAGCAGCAAAGCCGGGGGAAAUUCGCUUUCUGCCCUCCCACUGCCACGAGCCGCCUCUUAGUCCUCACUUCCUCGCCCCCUCCCCAGCCGCACGCCCCGGCCAGCCACCCCGCUCCCCCUAGCGGCGUGCGGGGUCUCCCAGCCCUGCGCGGCGCGGUCCCGCCCACCCCACCGCCCGGCCCCCAUUGGCGACCGCCGCGGGCCUGGGGCGCGGAUGCCGUGCUCCGAUUGGCCCGCGCCGCCCGUCCAUCCCGCACUCGCCGUGCACGCCUCCAACUUAACCCCUUCCCUCCCGCGGAAGGUUCGCGGCCUGGAGGGAGUUCCCGGGACGCGGUGGCUUUCCGCCCCCUGCACUGCUGUCCCCGCUCACCUCGGCCGGGGACCCACGGGCUCCGGACGUCCGAGCCGCCGCGGCUGGGCGGGGCGGGCACGGGGCUUGCUGCGGCCGCCGCCGGGAGGGCCGAGGGAGGGCCGCGGAGUCUCCUCCUCCCUCGGGGUGGGGGUUUAUCUAAUGUGCUGUCGGGGCUCCCACUUACUGUCCUCUCGCAGAUCACCAAGAGACACCGAGCCCCUCCGCGGAGGUGCGGCCGCCCCCGGGAAGGGCUGCAGGCUGCGUGGGUUGAGAUCAAGGGGCGGGCAGGGGGUGAUGUCAGCUCAGAGGAAGCCAGAAGGCUGCUGCUGGGGGAAGAAGUGAAGUGGGAGUGUGCUCCGGCAGCCGGCGGGACUGCAGACAGCAGCGGCAGCGGGCGCCAGCUUCACAGGGCCGGCGCCCGUCCUGGAGGAGACCGGGCGCAGGACAUGGAGCACUCUGGGGCCCUUUUCCUCUGCCUGUGCCUCGUGACGUCGCAGAGCGGGACAGCGGGGGCCUCCCAAGAACCUCUGCAAUGGAUGCAGACGAUGGAGGCGGCUGCCAGGAGCAGGAGAUCGUCUUCUCAUGCUGAUUUCAUCCACGGCCUGGAGUGGAGCCUGCUGAACACCAGCUUCGGGGGCCGCAACCUCACCCUGCAAACGCGCACCAUCCAGUCGCUGGCCUUCAAGCUGGGCUGUGACUUCGCCGGCCUCUCGCUGAGCAGCGCUGCCCUGGAGCGGGUCCCCCAGGCCCGGCACGCCAUGCAGUUCCCGGCAGAGCUGACGCGGGGCGCCUGCAGGACCCGCCCCAGGGAGCUGCGUCUCAUCUGCGUCUACUUCUUCACCACCUACUUCUUCCAGACUGACAUCAACUCGUCUCUGCUCAAUAACUAUGUCCUGGGGGCCCAGCUGGGCCAUGAACACGUGAACAACCUCAGUGAGCCGAUCAACAUCAGCGUCUGGCACAACCAAAGCCUGGAAGCCUACACGGUGACCUGUGUCUUCUGGAAGGAGGGAGCCAGCAAGCAGUACUGGGGGUUCUGGAGCCCUGAGGGCUGUCACACAGAGCAGCCCUCACCUUCCCAGGUGCUCUGCCGCUGCAACCAUCUCAGCUACUUUGCUGUUCUCAUGCAACUCUCCCCGGCCCCGGUCCCCGCAGAGUUGCUGGCGCCUCUCACGUACAUCUCCCUCGUGGGCUGCGGCAUCUCCGUCGUGACCUCGCUGCUCGCUAUCCUGCUGCACUUCUAUUCCAGGAAACAGAACAACUCCAUAACACGCAUCCACAUGAACCUGCACGCCUCCGUGCUGCUCCUGAAUGUCGCCUUCCUGCUGAGCCCCGCGCUGGCCGUGCCCCCCGUGCCCGAGUCAGCGUGCACAGCGUUGGCCGCCAUCCUGCACUACGCGCUGCUCAGCUGCCUCACCUGGAUGGCCAUCGAAGGCUUCAACCUCUACCUUCUCCUGGGGCGCGUCUACAACGUCUACAUCCGCCGAUACCUGCUCAAGCUCUGCGCGGUGGGCUGGGGGGUCCCGGCCUUCCUAGUGCUGCUCCUCCUUGCUGUCAAGAGCUCAGCUUACGGACCCCGCACGAUCCCAGUCUCCGACAGCCAGGGAAAUAGCACAGGUUUCCAGAACAUGUCCAUGUGCUGGGUGCGGAGCCCUGGGGUGCACAGCGUCCUGGUCAUGGGCUAUGGUGGCCUCACGUCCCUCUUCAACCUGGUGGUGCUGGCCUGGGCGCUGCGGGCCCUGCGCAGACUGCAGGCGCGGGAGAAGGCGCCGGGCGCCCGGGCCUGCCGGGACACCGUCACCGUGCUGGGCCUCACCGUGCUGCUGGGUACCACCUGGGCCUUGGCAUUCUUCUCUUUUGGCGUCUUCCUGCUGCCCCAGCUCUUCCUCUUCACCAUCUUCAACUCGCUCUACGGGUUCUUCCUCUUCCUGUGGUUCUGCUCUCAGAGGUGCCGCUCGGAAGCAGAGGCAGAGGCGGCGAUGGAGGCAUUCAUCUCCUCCCAGACAAUGCAGUAG